CCUGAACGUUCCGGCGGCGGCGGGCGGGGCUGGCACGGCCCAGCCCACUGCGGCAGCGGCGGGCGGAGCGCGAAGGUUGAGAAGCGGGGGAGCCUUGAGGAGGUCUGCGAUCCACAAAACACAAUCGGGUGAUUCGUUCUGAGGAUACCGGGAACCCGUGGGAGUGCUCAGCCUCCUCCCGUCCGCUGCCGUCCGUCCAGCCGCCUCGCAGCUGCCAGGGAUCCCGAUUCCAGAGGCCUUUCCCUCCCCGAGGCAGCGGCUGCCUUCCCCUGAGUGAGUGCCCGAGAAACUGAAUACUACCUCCAAAUGGCUGGGUCAGGUAGAGGAAGAGGGCGUGCUUCGUUUACCUUCAACAUUGAGGCUAUUGGAUUUGGUAACGGUGCAGCUCUACCUGAUGUCAUCUGUAAGCCUCCACCACCAUUUCCAAGUACAGACAAUAAGCCAGUGCCUCUGAAAACAGGAGAAGAUGAAGACUACAUGUUGGCCUUAAAACAAGAUCUUAGAGGAACUAUGAAAAGAAUGCCGUACUUUUUGACAGUAGAAGAAGAAAAUCAAGCAAUUGAGAGGUACAGUCAAAAGUACCAGGACAGUGAAAAGGAGCAGAAAACAUGGACUCCAGAUUGGAGAAGACUCCCAAGAGAGAUGAAACCAAAGAAGACAACCAAAAAAGGUGCAAAACCAAAAAAGGCAAAAAACUUUGAGCCUAAAAGUAAUCUGGAUGUGAUAAAAAAAAUUGAGGAGUUGGAAAAGAAGGAUGAUGAAGAAGAAAAAUCUGAAGAUGAGAAAGACAAAACAAAAGACAAAGAAGGUGAAGAUGAUGAAGAAGCAGAAGAACCAGAUGAAUAUGAUGAAGAGGAACAUGAAGAGGAAAAUGACUACAUUUCCUCCUAUUUUGACGAUGGAGAUGACUUUGGUGAUGGCAGUGAUGACAAUAUGGAUGAAGCAACAUACUAACUGUGGUUGCCAGGUGCUACACUGCUCAAGCCUUACACUACUUGAAGUAGAAUUCUGGAGGUAGGCUGAAUAUCAACAGACCUAAUGCUUUAGCUCUAUUGGUUUUAAGCAGACUCUCCAAAACCACAUUGGAGUUUAAUUGUAUUAUGCUGUAAAAGAGGAUAUGAGAUCCUUUGUUUUGUUCUUUUGCCAAGUGUUUUCAGAUAUGCGCCUUUUUAAGGUCUUCUGGAGUAAGCUAUAUGCCAUUGUGUCGCCUCUGCACAGAAAAAGAAUGUAUGCAUUUUACUUGAAAUUGUGCCUAAGCAUUUGCACUAGUCAGUUCUGUGCCUCAGCAGUGAAAUCUUGAAACCAGUCAUGAAAUUCUUGAUGAAUGCAGCAAAAGAGAUAUGGCCUUUAUGGCCAUAAACUGCUUGCAUUUGGCAGCUGACUUCUCUAAGAAGCUUAUGUAACUUCUGAGUUCAGGUGACUAGAAAUAAUUGAUGACUAAGCACUUUAAUAUAAACUGACUUGAAAAAACCUUAGAAAUAUAGACAAACAAUAUGACAGUAAUUUGAAAAGCCAUUACUGUAGUUAGAAGAAUACAUUGCCUUUAGUAUUUUGGUAAAAUGUAUUACCUUACCUUUAUGAAUCACCUUAAGUCAUAAUUAAGGACAAUUUGAUUUAAAAAGAAUAUAUGGCAGAAGUUAGGAAAUUACAAAAUCGUGGUUUCACCAGUUAGUGAAAAUUUCAGUCCUUUGCCUCAGUUUCUCUGCCUGUUACAGACUUUCUUACCUCACAGAGCUGUUAAGUGAGAAGGCAGAUAUGUAUCUAUGUAAUUGUUAAUGCAUUUGUUUACUUCCUACAGAACAAACAAGACAGAAACAGACAGCAAAUCAAUAGAAAAUAAAAAACAAAAAUGUAAGAAAAAAUGUGGUGCAGUAUUUUAAUGCAUGAGGUUUUAAUUAGAAAAGCAAGGGGAGAAUGCUAAGAAUAGCAAAACCAGAAUGUUUGGAAACAUCAAUUUUAUUUAAGAACAAAAGCUGAAGUUUUGAAAAUUUAUAACUGAGUUUGAAUAAUACAGUAACAGUGCAUUCUUUGUGUCAUCUUUUGAUGGUACAAAAUAUUAUUCGUCAGUGUAAUUACAUUACUACUGAUUGUUGUAGUUUUUUGGGUUUGGGGGGUUUUUUGGAUUUUUUUUUUUUUUUUUUUUUUUACUUUCUUAAAACAUGUUCCUAUUAAUCAGUGCUGUUACUGGCUCUAAUGAAAAGUUUCAAACAAAAUCAAUUAUUUUUAUCAGCAAAGGAAACUACAGUAGUUUUCCUUGCAUGUCUGGCAUUCUGUCAAGCAGUACUUCACCUCACUUGUGACUGGAAACAGUUCUGCAUUAUUCUAUGCACUUCUAUAUGCAGUAAGAAUUUAGUCCUUAAGGUGUAGCUUUUAAAUGUUCUAAUAAAAUACAUAUCAUAUGUAAAGGAAAUUAAACUAAAAUGCUAUGCAGGUCACACCUCAGAGAUAUAUCACUUUUAUUUUGAAGUGUUUAUUGAAUACAAAUGUUUAAUAAAGAUUCUACUGCAUUGCAUAGGAAAUACAUUCUUUCAGUUUUCUUUUUAACAUCACGCAUCAGCAGUUAGGUGUGCUUGCUUCUUUGUAUGUGAUAUACAAAACAGAGAUAGAAGAUGUGAAUGAGGUAAGCGUGCUGAAAACUAAACUCACUUGCCAUAAGUGUAA